ACACAGCAAGUUCUCUGCCUGCUUCUGCUGCCCAUAUAGGGGCAGCCUGCUGCUCAAUAGAUAGUUUCACCUCAAUUCAUCAUUUGCACUCAGCGCUGGUCCAACAAGACCUCCACAUGUCGUCCACCUUAGCAGCGGGACCUAACAGCAUUAGCAGCAGACUAGCACGAUGAUGGGUGGCCCGCGGGAAGCCCCCGCACCCUCUGAUACUGCCUUAGAAGGCGCUGCUCUGGAAUGCAGGUUUCAGCAGCUGGGCUGGUGUCCCCAUCAGUUCCAUCGAUUGCGCCAAAUAUGCACCCCUGGAACCCUUCGCUACCUCAGCACUCUCGACCGGCGCAAUUACCGUCCAAACGAGCACCGCGCGUGUAGAGACCGUCUCUGUUGUGUCGCCAACAACGUGAACACAAAAGCGUACGAGACAGCGCAUACGCGAACGUGUUCAGGCUCGUGCUCGCCUGUCGCUGUCGACGACAACCAUGUCGUCGACAUCAUCCGCGCUGGCGGCGUUCCCAUCAUCAGCAUCCACGCUGAUGCUGCAUCAACCUCGGCCGAACCAACGCUUCACUUGAAAGUCACGCCCCGCACCAUCUCAACACGCUACACCGUCAUUUCCCAUGUGUGGUUCGAUGGACUCGGCAACCCCUUCGCCAACGCUCUGCCGACAUGUCAGGUACAACGCCUACACACGCAGCUGCUGUCUCUUCCACGCGAUCACGAGGGCGGCGUGGUCGACAUAGGCUCGCUGCAGAUAGACUGGUCGCGUCAGAGUUUCGUACACCACCCUGAACGUCAGCCGCCGUCGUUCUGGAUGGAUACGCUUUGCAUUCCCGUUCAUCCAGAGCACGAACCUCUCCGCAAGAAAGCCAUUAACCAGAUGGCAUCCAUCUAUGCGGCAGCCGUUCAAGAACUCGUGCUAGAUGCAGAGCUGAUGCAGUGCGAGGCGGGCACGGGCGCGGCACUGGAGACGCUGGCGCGUGUGGUAUGCUCAGCGUGGAUGACACGCAGCUGGACACUCCAAGAGGGCGUCUUGGCAAGGGAGUGCGUCUUCCAGUUCAAAGAUUGUCCCAACGAUCCAAUACACGAGUGGUGUCUCCAUGGGCCAAGACCGACAAAGGCGACCAAAGCGCUGGCUGUGAGCUUCCCUGUCGACGAAGAACAGUGGGCUGUGUACACAGAGCUGUACAAUAUCUUGUGGGAUACGCUGCAUCAAGACUGGAAGAGCAGGUACCGUAAAGAUCCGCCUGUUCCACCCGCCCAUCAAGUCGGUGGCGGAGCAUUGUCCAACCUCGGAUACCUUCGUUCUAACUACGCUGCGGGCGGGAUCCACACACUCCCACCCGUUCAGGGCCUUUCGAAACGGGGCCAAAGCGGCCUGGAUGAGCUGGACCAUUUCACGAUGCAGCUUGGAUCGGAGCACCGCUUGAAGCAAUUGGUCGACACAUGGAACGAACUAGCGCACCGCUCAACCACGAUGCCAGAGGACCUGCAUGUCAUCAUUGCUAACUUGCUCGACUUCAAUGCUGACAGCAUCAUGAGUCUACCAACGCGCGAAGAGCGCAUGAGAGUCAUGAUCCUUAGCUUCGAUACUCUGCCUGUUUCGUUGUUCUGGAACACUGGGCCGAAGUGGCGUGAUAGCAGAAGUGCAGGUGCUGGCGGUAACAACGACUGGAUACCAGUCGAGCCAAGCAAGAGCGAGUUGUCUUUGACGCCCGUAAUGAAAGUCUCUGCUGGGUGGUUAGACUUGGAACUUGGACCUGGGCCCACGGGGAGUGUGCCGCGGGCGCAGAUCCUUGGCCUGCGUGAAAAUGAGGUCAGUAUCUCUGGACAGUCGAGCUUUCUGUGUGCAGGUUUGUCAGAACUGGUGUACCAUGUCGCUCUACUUGACGCUCAACGUGAUGAAGACCGAGUAGCCGACUGCAGCGUGCCAGGCGAGGCUCCGCACUAUCUCAUCAUCGAAAAGAAUCCAACGCUCUUGUCACCCACAUCUUCGAUCAGGGGUGCCUUGUUCCGUCGCUGGCCAUCUCAGAGCCCCGACAGGGACAGUGUGGUCCAGCUUUCGUACUGCUGCCCGGUCACUCUGCGUCCUCUCUCAAGAAACCUUAGUCGUGGCGAGCUUCACGCAGUAGCUGAAGUCCUUGACCCUCAUACUCAAGUAGCAGUUAAGUAUGGUCAGUCGCCCCUUCGAUCACUAAACAUCUCUUAUCUGAGCGACGAGUGUCCCUCACUUACUCCACCGCACAAGAACGAGCUUCGCAACGGUACCGCUCAGAGAGCAAGCUAAUCGCUCCUCCCCAGAUCCCAUCCCUCAUUUCACCCCCAUCCCGCGACGUUUAAACCGCGGUCCGACACUCCAAGGCGGUGUGGCCAUAAUCAUCCUCCUCCCCAUCCCCGCCGUCCUCGGAAUCA